UGAGCUUUUAUCUGCCACCAUGUCAGCUGGAGGAGAUUUGGGGAACCCCCUGAGGAAAUUUAAACUCGUAUUUUUGGGAGAGCAGAGCGUGGGGAAAACAUCUCUCAUCACUAGAUUCAUGUAUGACAGUUUUGACAACACAUAUCAGGCGACCAUUGGAAUAGACUUCCUAUCAAAGACAAUGUACCUGGAAGACCGAACAGUAAGGCUGCAGCUGUGGGAUACAGCUGGACAGGAGCGUUUCAGGAGCCUCAUCCCCAGCUACAUACGAGACUCUACAGUAGCUGUGGUCGUCUAUGACAUUACAAAUGUGAAUUCAUUCCAGCAGACCUGCAAAUGGAUCGAUGAUGUCAGGACAGAGAGAGGAAGUGAUGUCAUCAUCAUGCUAGUUGGCAACAAAACAGAUCUGGAAGAGAAGAGGCAAAUCAUGAUCGAGGAAGGAGAGCAGAGAGCCAAAGAGCUGAACGUCAUGUUCAUCGAGACCAGUGCCAAGACCGGCUGCAAUGUCAAACAGCUGUUUCGUCGAGUUGCAGCAGCCCUACCUGGAAUGGAAAGCUUGGACGAUGCAAAUCCUGAAGGCAUGAUCGACAUCAAGCUGGACAAACCAGCAGAGCCUACUGUCCCCGAGGGCGGGUGCUCAUGUUAAUGCAGAGCUGAAAUCUGACAGCUCCCUUCACACCAUAGGCUUGUUGUGUUGCUUACUACUGGUUAGCUUCCAGUUGA